UGAUAUCUUUCAAGAGUUUAAAAGGAUUGUCUACCUGUGAAUCUUUAAAUAUCCUGCAAUAUGGGGGAAGCAAUAGUGAUAGAUCUGUUCAGCCUACCAGCCAACUUGCAGAACAACAUCCAAGGAUUACUACGUAACGUGCUGGAAACUAUUGAGAAAUGCUCUUCCAUCCCUGCUCCCUUUGUUUAUGUCAUGUGUUGCCAGAGACAGGGGACUGAAAGGAACAGUGAACAAGAGUCCUUGCUUUCAGCUCUGAGGGAUUUUCAGAGUCUAAAGAAAAUACCGGAGGUGGUAUGUGCUCUGACUACAGCUGCUGCUUUGUACACCAUCAAACAAAGACUGGAUGAAGAAGACCUAAGCAUCAUUAAAGUUAUUCUCCCUACCUUAAGAAAAGACUUAAUGAAGGUAUAUAUAGACCAUCUCUUUACAGCAGUCUACCAGUUUGAAUUCGAGGAUUUACAGGUGUCAUCUGAUUGUAAAAGCCUACAGAUAGCUGAACCUUGGAGUGAAGAGCAAACGCUUCCUACACAGGACAUGGUGCUCAUCCAAAGUGAGAUUCAGAGGUACUUGGAAAGCCUGCCGAGCCUGAAAGGGGAGCUCACCAUCCUAAAAUCUUCCCUGAUCCCAGAUGAUGUCUUCCUACAUGGGUUCACUACGAGGACAGGUGGGAUCUCCUACAUACCAACUUUAAGCUCCUGCAAUCUCUUCAGCAGUUCCAAGUGGAGGGACCCACAAGUUGUUGUUAAAGAAAAUCUCCGCCGGCUAGCUAAUGCUGCAGGAUUUAACCCAGAGACAUUUCACAGAGUCAAGGUUGAUCAUGCUAAUUCUGUGUGUAUUGUGGGAAAAACAGAGCCUGACAGCUAUGAUGGAAUAGUUACAAAUCAGAAAGGUGUUACAAUAGCAGCUCCGGGGGCUGAUUGCAUACCUGUGCUGUUUGCUGAUCCGGUCAGAAAAGCCUGUGGUGCUGCUCAUUCUGGAUGGAAAGGCACAUUGUUAGGAGUUUCUAUGGCCACAGUAAAUGCUAUGGUGUCUGAAUAUGGCUGCAACGUGAAAGAUAUCCUUGUGGUGCUGGGCCCAUCUGUAGGACCUUGCUGCUAUAAACUUCCUCACGAAUCAGCAAAAGAAUUUCACAGAAUUGAUCCAGAGUGUGUGAGGCUAUUUGACUCUGCAAAUCCUUAUAUUGAUAUUAGAAGAGCAACACGGAUUCUUCUUGAGAGUGGUGGGAUUCUUCCUGAGAACAUUCAAGAUGAUUCUGUCACAGACCAGAAUAUCACUUUCUGUACUGCAUGCCACCCUGAAAAAUUUUACUCUCACUUUCGUGAUGGCACUAACUUCGGGACUCAGAUUGGCUUCAUAUCAAUCAAAGACUGA